GGCCAAAGCACUUUCAUUGGUCCUAUGCCAUGUCUCCUCACUAGCCCUUUGAUUCAAUCUCCCAAUUUCUCAAACAUUUUCAUCCAAGCAAAAAGCACAAAAAAAAAAAAAAACUUCCCUUUCUUGCUUCAGAAAAAGAAGUCCUAAAUGAAUCAUUGUCAGUAACAGAUAUGUCUAGCAAAGGAAAAGAUAUUGCAGAAGGAUCAUCAAGAUCUUCUGUUGUUUCUGCUGAUCAUGAUCAGAAUCAAAAGCAGCCUCUGAGCAGAUAUGAAUCUCAAAAGAGGAGGGAUUGGAACACUUUUGGACAGUAUUUGAGGAAUCAGAGGCCUCCUGUGUCACUUUCACAGUGCAAUUCAAACCAAGUGCUUGAUUUCCUUAGGUACUUGGAUCAGUUUGGGAAAACAAAAGUUCAUUUACAAGGGUGUUUGUUUUUUGGUCAAGCUGAGCCACUUGGUCCUUGCACUUGCCCUCUAAGACAAGCUUGGGGUAGCCUUGAUGCACUCAUAGGAAGGCUAAGAGCUGCAUAUGAAGAAAAUGGAGGGUUGCCUGAGACCAAUCCAUUCGCUACCGGCGCCAUAAGAGUUUAUCUACGCGAAUUGAGGGACUCUCAAGCUAAGGCAAGAGGGAUCCCUUACAAGAAGAAAAAGAAGAAGAGAAAUCUUGUGAAAGCCAAUGGAGACACAUCAAACUUACCUAUGCAGUAAAAUUAUUAAGUUCCUUUCUGGCUUCUUCAGAUCAAUAGUGGUUCCUAAAUAAUUUUGAAGUCCUGAAUCUGUUACACAAGGCCUUGUAUAACUUCAGCUGAAGUCCUGGAAUUGAAGUUAUAAUUAACUCUAGCAAUGUCAAUAUCCUAUUGGGUCAACAUAAACCGUACGUUCCCUGGUCUCUGUCAAGGAGUGUAUUUUGUUAUUUGAAUGAGAACAUAGACUUAAUUUGACGAAGAAAUUAAGUUAAUAUUGGGUAAGUCCUUCUACUGCAUUUACCCUUGUGAAGUUUCAUCAAUACAUGCAGUACCGAAUAUAGUGGUGAAAAUAACUGAAUUUUCUUCCGAGUAGUGUGUAUGAUGCAUGGUAUCCUUUAGCUUUUGCUGAUUGCUGAUGGCUGAUGGUAUUCUAGGGGUAUUAUUAUAUAUGCUUUUUGUUAUGUAGAAUUACAU